UAUGAAAAAUGAUUCUAAAUCUUUCGGAGAUACAAAUUUUAAAUAUUUCGAAGAUUCUAAAUCUUCCGGAGAUACAAAUUCUAAAUCUUCCGAUUCUAAAUCUUCUGGAGAUACAAUUUCAAAAUGUCCUGGAGAUGCAUAUUCUAAUUCUUCCGGAGAUACAAAUUCAAUAUCUCCCGGAGAUGCAAAAUUUGAAUCUGAAUCAGCAUUAUAUAUUUUUAAUUCAUGAAAACUAUUUGGUGAAUGAUUUGCAACAAUUUCUAAUACUUCUGUUUCGUUUAAAUAUUCUACCCCACACCAAAUUUUAAUGCUUUCCAAGUAUUGACAUCUAAUAAAUAUUGCUUGUAAUAAAUGUAAUUCAUUACUUUUAAAAAUUACAAAAAGACUUUGAAGAUUUAGACAAAAAUUAGCAAUAGAUGAAAUUGCUGCACUCUCAAGUUCACAUAUAAAAAGCUUUUUAAGGGUUUUCCCAUUAUUUUUUAAGAAUUUUAUUAAACUCUCAGGUUUUGGACGCUGAAAAGGUAUUUUUAAUACUUGUAAUCUGGGAAAAUGAGAGGCUUCUAUCUUA